UUCUUUCUGUGCUGCAGUGGGUAGCAGCCAAAAGCUCUGCUCAGCUUUCAGACCUCCCGUUCCAGUGUUUGCUGGGCCCCUUGGAGAUUCCUCCGUGCAUAGCCCAGCAGUCAGCCUAGGCACUGGGGGGAGUUUAUACACAGAUUUGACGGCUACCCCUUCUGUGGCUUCCUUCAUCCCAGGAAACCUGCCUUCAAUUUGCGGCUGCUCUGGAGCCCCAGACCCUGUCCCCUGACUCUUCAAGCCAAUCAAGGCUGGGCUUUCUGCUUGAGUUCCAGCUGCUCCUUGCCGUUCAGACUGGAGAGUGUUCUCAGGAAAAAAUCCUUUUAAAUGUAGCUAGUUCCCUUCAUUCAAGUCGAGUCCUUUCAGUUUCUGCCUGCUUUGGGGGUACUUUACAGUGCUUUCAAGUAGUUGUUUUUCAUAUUUUGUCCAGAGUUUACAAUUUUUAACCUAUGGGGUGGAUUCAUUUGAUGCAAACUACUCUGCCAUUAUUACUGGGCCAUCCUUUCACUUUUAACUUAUCUAUGUUUAAGCUGUGUCACUUUUGUCUACAUUUUGAUAGUCUACUGAGGUGGGGAAGAAGACCCAUCCAUGAAGGCUGAAGUAUGGUGUUGAGCUUAAGUGCAGGUGCAGCUUAGAGCAGAGCUGGCAUCAUAGGGGCAGGCUUCACAGGCGAGGUCUUUGCGAAUUAGGCUGUGAAGGCAGGGCAGGCUUUGGAUGAGCAGAUAGGAGGAAGACUGUGGGAGCUUGGGCACUGCUGAGCUAAGGGCAGGGACAGGCAUGAACAUGAGAGGGGCACAGUGUGAGCAAACCAAACCAACCACAACCCAGCUGGAGGAGGUCUGAGUAGGAAAGGUACGCUCUCUGGGGAGACUCAACGUGAGGAACCAGAGGCAGCCUGCAAUGCCUUAGACCUCUAGGCAUUGCCACAUUGCCACUACACUGUGCCAUGAAGGCUAUUACUAAGCUCCCAGGGCGCUCCUCAUUCUCUGCCCCUUCCUGCAGCCUGAGGCUGGUUUCCAGGCUGGCUGAGAGUCCAAGAUCUCCGGAGAGGGAGACUUAGAGGGCACCUUCCACAAAGGGACAGUUGGGGCACAGAAACCUAUAGGAUGUAGUGCUGUCAGAAGCCAAAUGGAGAUGGCUGACCUCAACAGCUCCAUUCAAAUGACAAAAAAAAAAAAAAAAAAAAAAAAAGCAGUGGAAGCAUCUUUAUUAAAUAUGGGUCAGCGUCUCACAGGCCCCAGUGAGCCUGUUCAUUCUGGCACCCAUAUUGCCCUUCCAGAUUCUUUGAGCUCAAUCUUUUAUCCUCUGAAGAACACACAAUCGGCUUUGGGGCCGCAAAAUGAGGUUUAGGUGGGGGCUUGGGGAUCUUUAAUCCCAAAUUUUGUCCUUAGGAGGCUUAGGAUCAGUACUGAUCAUUCAGGGAGUCCAAAAGUGGCUUUGGAGGAGGGCUUCUUCGUCUGGGUCAGGGAGAAGCAGUGGUGGGAGGAUAAUCUAUAAGAGGAAUCAGAAGGGGUGGGGGACAUCCUAUGAGCAAAAUGUCAGAGGAGGAGGAAUUUUUUCUGUACAAGAACAUCUCCUCGGUGAGGCCGUGGGAUGGGCCUCAGUACCACAUCGCACCUGUCUGGGCCUUCCGCCUCCAGGCAGCCUUCCUUGGCAUUGUCUUCCUUGUAGGGAUGCCACUUAACAGCCUGGUGCUGGUGGCGACAUUGCGCUACAAAAAGUUGCGGCAGCCCCUCAACUAUAUUCUGGUCAACGUGUCCCUGGGGGGCUUCCUUGUCUGCAUCUUCUCUGUCCUCAUCGUCUUCAUUAACAGCUGUCAUGGAUACUUCGUCUUUGGCCCCCAUGUUUGUGCUUUUGAGAGCUUCCUGGGCACUGUAGCAGGUCUGGUAACAGGCUGGUCACUGGCCUUCCUGGCCUUUGAACGCUACAUUAUCAUCUGUAAACCCUUUGGCAACUUCCGCUUCAGCUCCAAGCACGCACUGAUGGUGGUCCUGGCUACCUGGAUCAUUGGUAUUAGCGUCUCCAUCCCACCCUUCUUUGGCUGGAGCCGGUUCAUCCCCGAGGGCCUGCAGUGUUCCUGUGGCCCUGACUGGUACACCGUGGGCACCAAAUAUCGCAGCGAGUACUAUAGCUGGUUCCUCUUCAUCUUCUGCUUCAUUGUACCUCUCUCCCUCAUCUGCUUCUCCUACUCUCAGUUGUUGGGGGCCCUCAGAGCUGUUGCAGCCCAGCAGCAGGAGUCAGCUACGACCCAGAAGGCUGAGCGGGAGGUGAGCCGCAUGGUUGUGGUGAUGGUGGGAUCCUUUUGUGUCUGUUACGUGCCCUAUGCUGCCCUUGCCAUGUACAUGGUCAACAACCCUAACCACGGGCUGGACUUACGCUUUGUCACCAUUCCUGCCUUCUUCUCCAAGAGUUCUUGUGUCUACAAUCCCAUCAUCUACUGCUUCAUGAAUAAGCAGUUCCGAGCUUGCAUCAUGGAGAUGGUGUGUGGCAAGGCCAUGAUAGAUGAGUCUGACAUCUCCCAGAAAACAGAAGUUUCUACUGUCUCUUCUAGCCAAGUUGGCCCCAACUAAAGAGCCAUAUUGGCCUAUUUACAUCAACUAGGAUUUUCCAUUAAAGGAAAUUUCUACUUUCUCGGUCAAAAACCAAACUACUAACAACACAGAACACAGAUGGGAAAGAGUGAUGGAAUUUGGGGGGUCAAUUUCCCAUUUUCCUGUUAUUCCCUUCCUACCUACAAAGCCCCUGUUCCAGCUGGUUGACUUCAGAACACUCCAAAGGCCACUGCAACAACCAUCAGUUUCUACUUCUAAGUGGAAGCAUUCACAGCACUUGGAGAAUCGAUUUCCACACACAAGGCAACUAUAAACAAGUACGGCUGAUUUUCUAGUGUAUGGAUAACAAGUCUUUUCCUUUUCAGUAACAUUGUUUUUCUUACUGAGGAUGUGUUCUGAGGUGACACAUUCUGCAUUAGGACAAACUACGAAAACACCUUCAAAAUGGGAGACAAAGAAAAACAAAUAAAACAUUUAGUAGGCCCCACAUGAGUCUGAAAGAAUUUCUCUCUCUGCCAAUGGUCGCUAUAGCUUUGGCAGGGACAGCCAUGUCCAUGAGCCCCUGAGCCAGCAUGAACUGUUUUAGGUGCUUCCUUUCCCCUCUCCUCCUAUUUGGCUAAAUCUGUCUUAGGCUGUAUAUUUGCUAAAGUUAAUAGUUUAAUUCCCUUCAUGUUCUCACAAUGAAUUUGGACAUCUUAAUACCAUUUAUAAACUAUACCAAAAGGUUCAAAAACCUGUUUUACCUUAUACCGGCUAUACCCCCUGAAAGAGCCUUUUUGAAAUAAAAAUCCAGAUAAAUGUUGUGUGUACAUUCAGGGAUGGUCUGUGUUUGGAAUCAGAGAAUUAAUUAACGAGCAGCUGGGCUCCACUCCAGUUAGACGGCCGAAGGGAAGCAGAAAAGGGUCACAGCUGUAGUGAGAAGGGUGCUCGAGAUUUCAGAAAUAGGAGGAAAGGAGAAACCAACUUGGGAGAAGGCAGGAACUUCUCUGGGCUAGGGAGGGGGUAUGCUCAACCUUCUAGGAAAGCUCCUUUUCCAUGACUCCAUAAUUCUAAGCAAGAGUUCCAUUUCUUAAGAAAAUAAAGGACAUACAUAUUCACAAUGAAUGUAAACAGUUUUAUUUAGAAACAGAUAGGUACCUGUUUGCAUUACAGAAUAUAAAACUUGGUUUACACUCUAUAAAAAAUAACCAGUAUCCAAAUUCAAGAGAGCUAGCAUUCACAGAACACACAAUGUGGGUGUGCAGCUACUGUUCACCAGCCUCAAGCUUGAUUUAAACCAAAAUGAUAAUCCAGGGGGAUUAUUAAAGAUUACAGUGCUUGCUGCUUAGCACCCAGCAUCCAGAAGUUGCCGUCUUAGCAGAUGAAGGUUUGCUUUCUAGGUGCGUGACUUUCACAUAAAGCCUGGGUUCUCUGCACCUGGUGAGCUGUGAGGCUCUCCUGCCUACAGCUCAUGAUGUGCCCUCUCUACCUACGCCUGGGUUGGUGGCAUCAUUAAUUAUCUCUGGUCUUCUUAACAAUAAAAAUGGGGAAUCUGGAGGGCAGAGAAUUUUCAUUCUCCUAUAUUGGGGUUAAACUUAAAGAGUUUAUCCACUCUCAAGGGGUCAGUGUGAAGGCCAGGGUGAAGUUACACAAUAUGUGGCUUUUUACCAGGCCAAGUAGCCCACCUCAACACAAUCAUGGAAGACCAAAGGAUAUACCUAGGUUCAGAUUAUAAUAAUCACCCAGCACCACCUGAAUGUAUUAUCCAGAAAGAUAAAUGAAAUAAUAGAGGUUAAAUAUACAUAUAUUUAUCUUAGUAACCUGAGGGCUAAAGACUUGGAAUAUAAUAAUUCUUCUCAAAAGAGGUCCAACUGUAAGAAAGGGACCAAAAAAGAUAGUUUGUGUCAUGUAAAAUAUGGGUAAAGUGAGUUGGGAACAGAGGAUGGUUUCUUCAGCUCUUUCUACAGCCCUCUCUUUGAUGAAGACUGGCAAUCUGUGGAUCCAGGAUAAACUUGUCUUUUGGCAGCAGGGAGUCAGAGGAGAUGGGGGAAUAGGGAA